AUGGGGCAGCCCCGGCCCAACACCAGACAAAGCCCACUGCCGGUCAGUCAGAGGAUCAUCCAAUCACAGCACAAAGCAAGGCAGACCAGGAGUGCUGGGAGCUGCUCCAGUUAUGACACACGCUCCUGGUUUAAGAAAGGCUCUAGUAAACCUGGUAAAGGGAAGAAAACACAGAAAAAGGCCACAUCUCCUUAUUCCAAGAGUACAGGAGACAUAAGACAUAAGACACAAGAGUUCCAGUUCUAAUGGUCGCCAGCAAUAUCACUACUUCACCAAGGAUGGCAUGUGUCGCGGCUCAUCCUACAGCUCCAAGAACAAGAUGUGUGACCUGAUAGGCACCCUGGUGGAUCUGAAGUACAGCUGGAUGCUGUUUGUCUUCACCCUGUGCUACAUUGUCACCUGGACAGCCUUCGCAGAGCUCUACUUCCUGGAUGCCUGGCUGCGUGGUGAUAUGGAACACAUACAAGACCCGCAAUGGCAGCCAUGUUUUGAGAAACUGAACAGUUUCCAUUCGGCCCUCUCUGUUUCCAUGGACAGCCAAAUCAUAAAUGGCUACGGCUCUAGAGUGGCCUCAGCCAACUGCAUGGACGGGCUGGUUCUCAUGAUGGCACAGUCCAUAAUUUAA